CCAUACAAUUUUUGAGUUUGUGGAAUGGCAAGCAAUCACUACAACAAUAGACAGAUGGAAGCAUCAGUCGAAGCAAUUGCUAUAAAAGCACGGAAAGCUGCGUUAAGUUUCCAAGGUUGUUCGACCAAAAAGAAGAAUGAAGCGUUACAAGUUAUGAAAGAGAAGAUUUUAUCUGCGAAAGAAUCAAUUCUGGAAGCUAAUCAAAAGGAUAUAGCAGCCGCACAAGAACAAAACUUGGAGACUCCCCUUUUGAAGCGUUUGGACCUAUCCAGUUCAGGGAAGUUUGAAAGUCUUUUACAAGGAAUUACUGCCGUUCAGAACCUGGAAGACCCUGUUGGGAAAGUAACACUGGCUACCGAACUGGACCAAGGACUUGAGUUGUACCGAGUUUCUUGUCCUUUGGGAGUUUUGUGCAUCAUAUUUGAGUCUCGUCCGGAUGCAGCCGUACAGAUAUCUUCGUUGGCUAUCAAAUCCUCUAAUGCAGUCAUUCUUAAAGGAGGCAAAGAAGCGGAAGGCACCAAUAGAGCACUCGUUGGUUGUAUUCAAGACUCCUUAAAAAGUGUCAAUUUGCCUGCGGACGUGGUUCAGCUUGUAUCCACAAGAGAAGAGAUCAAAUCACUUUUAGCUUUGGAACAGUAUAUUGAUAUGGUUAUACCUCGAGGUUCCAAUUCUUUGGUUCGAUAUAUUAAAGAUAAUACCAAGAUUCCAGUAAUGGGUCACGCAGAUGGUAUUUGUGCAGUUUAUGUGGAUAAAGAUGCGGAUGAACGAAAGGCUAUUGAUAUUGUUUUGGACUCCAAGACACAAUACCCGGCAGUCUGUAAUGCUACUGAAACAUUGUUGAUACAUCGACAACUUCUUCCCAAUAUCUUUCCAAAGAUUGCUAGUGUAUUAUUUGAACGUGGAGUACUAAUGAAAUGCGAUGAGGAAAGCAUGAAAGCGCUGCCUUACGGUAUUACUGCAGAAGUAGCUCAAGAAACAGAUUACAUUACGGAAUUUUUGAACUUUACAAUAGCAAUCAAGACAGUGGGCGAUGUGAAGGAAGCUAUUGAACAUAUCAACAAUCAUGGUUCAGGUCAUACGGACUGUAUUGUUACUGAAGACAAGGAAGCUAGAGACCUUUUCUUUGCUUUAGUAGAUUCAGCAGGUGUUUAUCACAAUGCCUCGACAAGGUUUGCAGAUGGUUUUCGUUAUGGAUUCGGUGCUGAAGUUGGAGUCUCAACCAAUAAAAUUCAUGCUCGUGGUCCUGUUGGUUUGGAAGGUUUAUUGAUAUACAAGUAUCGUCUAUAUGGCAAUGGACACACAGUUGGUCCAUAUGCUAAAGACUCGAAAUGAUGAAUAAAAAAUGACACUGCAAA